AUGGCAACACAAUACGAAGUCGAACACAAUGUCCAGUUCGCAGAGACGCAACCGCGCUCCCGCCGCGUAAACAUGGACUCGUUCUUCUCGCUGCUCAACCGCAUCAGCGACUCGGGCACCGCCACCCCGCACAACAACCCUCACGCAACGCCCACGCUGCCCGACAUGGCCAACGUCUUCCGCCUCCUCCAGGACCAGAUGCAGACCCUGGCGAGCACGGCCCCGACCGCCGAGAACCGCACCUUCCUCCUGGAACUGAUCGACGCGCUGGACCAAGACAUCCUCGACCCGCCCGACCGGCUGCGGGGCGUCAGCCAGGAGUUCCUGGACUCGCUGGACCGCGUGAACCGCAAGAAGCUGCGCGGGGACGACGACUGUGCCAUUUGCAAGAUCCCGUACCUGGACGACCCGUACUGCCUUGUCGUGGAGCUGCCGUGCAAGGGCGCCCAUCGGUUUGACCUGGAGUGUGUCGGGCCGUGGCUGAGGAGCAAGGGCACGUGUCCCAUGUGCAGGGAGGAGAUGGGCAAGAAGAAAGUUGCCGUUGUGCAAGAGGACGACGAGGACGACGACAUGGACAUGAUUUACGCUUAG